CCGCCCGCGCGGAGUAAUUCGCGGAUGUGAGAAGGCUCCACUUGUCAGUCAGACUUUGAACUGUGCACUGGCGCUCAUCACUGCUUAUCUCUGACCGCUGCUUGUCAUCAAAGACGCCGGCCACUGACACUUAAAAUCGACGAGCACAGAUGUAAAGAUUAGGAUGAACAGUUGCUAAGAAAGAGAGAGAGAGAGGAGGAAAAGAAAAGAAAGGGAAGCCCGGAGAGCAUCACUGUAAGGGAGCAGAGCGGGGAUUAAACGUUCGCUACGCCGUUUAACGUUCACGUUGCUCGGGAGUUGAGAUGGUCCAGACCAGGAAUGUUUUUUUAGCCUUGCUUCUUGUGGGCAGCACAGUUUCAUUGGAGGUCCAGAUCACACCUACCCAUGGUGAGAUUAGCCUUGGAGAAUCCAAAUUCUUCAUGUGUGAUGUUGUAGGCGUUGCCAAACACGUGGACUGGUAUGGCCCGAGCGGGGAGCGGAUAGCCCCAAAUAGACCAGACUUGACUGUAACCCGCAACGAUGAGUCAUCUUCCACCCUCACAUUUUAUGAAGCCAAGACCGAUAGCGCCGGGACGUACAAGUGCGUCGCCACCAACGGGGACCAGCAAGCGGAGGCAACCGUUAAAGUGAAAAUCUUCCAGAGAAUAACCUUCACAAAUGCACCGUCUCGCCAAGAGUUUACUGAAGGAGACAACGCAAACAUCGUUUGUGACGUCACCAGCUCACCCCCGCCCACAGUCUUUUGGAAAUACAAAGGAGCCAAAAUACAGAUGGAGAAAGAUGUUCGUUUCAAGGUGCUAAGCAACAAUCACCUCCAAAUCCGCGGCAUAAAGAAGACCGAUGAGGGCAUGUACAUGUGUGAGGCUCGCCUCAUGGCCCGCGGCGAGAUUGAUCUGCGUCCCAUCAGCGUUGUGGUGAAUGUGCUCCCAACCAUUAGAAUAUGGCAGUCUGAAGUCAACGCCACAGCAGAGAUUGCACAACCUGCCACUCUGACUUGUGCUGUUGAUGGCUACCCUGAACCCAUGGUGACCUGGAUAAGGAACGGAGUAGAACUCAGAGACGAGGAGAAGUACGGCUUCAAUGAAGAUGGCUCCGAAAUGACUAUAAUGGAUGUAACCAAGCUGGACGAAGGAGAGUACACGUGCGUCGCCAAGAACAAGGCCGGGGAGAGCGAGAAGGAACUCAGUCUGAGAGUGUUUGUUAAACCGAAGAUCACAUACAUAGUGAACCGGACCGCUUCAGAGACGGAAGAGCAGGUAACUGUGACUUGUGAAGCAUCUGGAGAUCCGACUCCAACCAUCAGCUGGAGCUACGGUGAGCAAGUCUUCACCGAAGGAGACCAGGCACAUCUAAACAGGAUCUAUCAGGCAUCAUGGACUCGGCCUGAGCAGCACAAGAGCCCAGAUGGAAAUGUAGUAGUAAGGAGCGAUGCUCGUGUGUCCUCCCUCACUCUCAAGUAUGUCAAGUAUACAGAUGCCGGUCAGUAUCUCUGCACAGCUCGCAGUGCCAUCGGAGAGGAUGAACAGACCGCUUAUCUGGAAGUCCGCUAUACACCUAAGAUCCACGGAACAGUUGCGGUUUACACCUGGGAGGGAAACCCGGUCAACAUCAGCUGCGAGGUCAAGGCCUUUCCAACAGAUGUGUCAAUUGUUUGGCUCAGAGAUGGACUGCAGCUUCCAAACUCAAACACCACCAACAUCAAAAUCUUCAGAACUCCUUUAUCCAGCUACCUACAGAUUACACCAGAGUCUGAAAAUGAUUUUGGAAGCUAUAACUGCACCGCCUCAAAUGAGAUGGGCACCGAGUCCAAGGAGUUCCUGCUCAUUCAGGCCGAGGUUCCGUCAUCGUUGGUGAUAGACGAAGUGAGGCCUUUCUCCACCACCGCUCUGAUCCAGUUUGGAGAGCCUGAAUCUACUGGAGGCGUUCCCAUUCUCAAGUACAGAGCUGAGUGGAGGAUGCAGGGCAGGAGCAGCUGGACGCAGAAAGUCUACGAGGUCCAAGACGACUUCGUCAACGAGGUGACGAUAACGGGCCUGAAACCGGAGAGCCGCUACGAGGUGAAGCUGUCGGCCAUUAAUGGCAAGGGUGAAGGAGAGAGCAGCCCCACGGAGCUGUUCAAGACCGAGCCUGUCCACGACCUUUUUCAUUUUUUCACAGACGGAACAGAAGGAAAUCCUAAUCCUCCUAAGCUUGAAGGGUCAGUGGAGCCUAAAGGCAACUCCCUCAAAGUCAGCUGGCUUAAGCAGGAUGAUGGCGGAUCUCCCAUCCUGCAUUAUCUUAUACGCUAUAAACCCAUCCAGACGUCACAGUGGAAGCCUGAGAUCCGGAUGCCCAGUGGCAGCGAGUACGUCGUGCUGCGUGGAUUGGACUGGGACACCGAGUACGACGUGUAUGUGGUGGCCGAGAACCUGAAGGGGAAGUCUCCGCCCGCCACCAUGUCCUUCAGAACAUCUGCAGAGCCAGAGGCCUUCCCAGAUCUGGGUGAUGAGGGCCCGAUCUUCAUGAACAUCAUACUCUGGGCAGGAAUCCUUGUUGUAGUAUUUCUACUCCUGCUGCUAGCGGUGGAUGUCACUUGUUACUUUGUCAACAAAUGUGGCCUUAUCAUGUGCCUGUGUGGAAAAUCAGGCACGGGGACGAAAGGGCACGUGUUGGAAGAGGGCAAAGCUGCUUUCGUGAAAGACGAGUCCAAAGAGCCCAUAGUGGAAGUCAGAACAGAGGAUGAGUGCACAGCCAAUCACAACGCAGCCGGACCGAUGGAGCCCAACGAAACUACACCUCUCACAAAGCCAGAGCUGGUGGCUUCUCUGGCACUGGACACCCCUUCCUCCAUAGCCACCAACUCAGACACAGCCACCGCGACCAUUGAUCCUGCUCAGGAAAGCCCCUCUAGCGAGACCACCACACUCACUUGCAGCCUGUCCACCCUGGCCAACGAGCCCUCGCCCACCCCGCUCACUGCUCCAGCGCCGACCCCCGAGUCCAACACGGCCCCGCCGACCCCCGUGGUCUCCUCGACUGCCGUCGAAGCCAAAAUGGCACCGUUGCUCGAGGAGAGGGGGAGUAAGACCUCAGAAGAGCCGGAGAAGACUAGCAAUCCUCCUGCCACCCCCGAACAGUGUAGGCCUCAAAAGUCUGGAACGCCAAUACCGCCAAAGCGCAGACACUCUCCCAAACUCGCUGCUCUGAAUGCUAAAAACAGUCCACCGGUUUCCCCUCUCGCCGUGUCUUCUCCUCCUCUCAUUCCAGAUGGCAAGAAACCUGCGCCGAGCCCACCGGUCAACAAGCCCACUCCACGGGCCAACGCCGUGGCCUUAAGCAAAGAGACGCCGGCACAAACUGCUGCCGCUACAGCGAACACUGCCCCCCCAAAACCAGCCCCAGAGUCUAAACCUAGUCUUCCAGAUUCUACCGCAUACACCUUUACUGACUUUGACACAGAUAAUCCAACCGAUAACAACAUCCCCACAACAAAACCCGCUCCGAUUAACACUCCUUCAGAUAUCCACAAUGCCGUCGAAGAUCCACACUUCAAAAAUCCCAUCACUCUAUUGGCAGACGUCCCCUCUCCUUUACCCAUCACCGCGAUCGCUUCGGCAGUCCCGAACGACCUCCUCACGCCGGGGUCAGACCUGUACGACUUAACGGCUCCGGACGCAGUGCACAAAAAUGCUGAUUUAGAGUUAGAGCUGAGAAACGGCGCAGGAAGACCCUCCCGGCCCCUCUCAGACCUGAUUAGCUUAGAGAGCCCGUCCGCCGCCCCCUCUCUGCCCAGCGGAGACCAAGCAGACUUCCCUCCCUCAGGCCCAGUUCUGGAGGCUUCAGAGACUCUCAAGACCGCGCCUCCUGUCUACGAUGAGAAGAUAUUUGCUGAUGAGAAAAGCAAACUGGAGGAGGGAGACCUACCAAACCCCCUGAUCACUUCGGCACACAACAGUGUCAUACAGACAAACACGACAGAGAGCAAAGUAUGAUGGGCCAACUGGGAAACGCAAAAAAAAAAAAAAAAAUCCCCUCUCUCUCCCUCCGCCGCCCAGUCGCGCUGUACAGCAGCAGUGACAGGAAAAGCUUUUAUUUUUAGUGCCCUUAACGCACUUAACGCCACACACCUCCGUGGAUCGGUUAGCGCGCACUCUGACUGUUUUCGUUAAUUAAAUGCUUACCACACCCUGCAGAGUUUUAUCUUUAGAUCAUAAGAGAUGUAUUUAUUUUUAAUUCUCAUUUUUACGUAACCAGUCCGGACACUUCUGCUUUUACAAAAGGACCGCCUCGUAAAUGUGUGAAACUUUAAAAAAAAUAAAAUAAAGACGUGCGUAGUUUUGCCAACUACUCACGAAUACUGGAAUAUUAUGAGAAAUAUAAACGUAGGAGAAAAGGACUAUAUAUAUAUAUAUAUAAAUAUAUAUAUAGAAAUUAUUUUUCUUAUUUUAUUGUUCUAUUGUGCAAAACUUAAACUUGUUUUUUUUCUAUUAUUAUUAUUAUUUGACUUUUUGUGGGAUAGUCUCUAAGUAGCUUGUUCUGCAUGUCUGACCUGCAAGUGGUUGUAAAGUUUUCACUGUGUCUGUUACAGGGAUUUUUAAAUUGAUAAACCGAGGCCCCGACUUCAGCGUUUAGACGUGCGGUGACUUGCAAAAGUGUUCACAAGCCUGAACGUUUUCACAUUUUGUUACGACCACAAUCUUGAGACGGAUUUCAUGAUGUUCAAUUUCUUUUUUCUAAAUCCAAGACUGCAUGGCAUUUAUUUGUAUUCAACCAUACUUGAUUCAUAAACCGUGUAGAAUCAUAUUUCGCUGCAGUUGUUUAGGUAUAGCUCUAUCGUUUCUGCACACAGUGACAACAGUAUUUUUGCAAAAAAAACUCGAACUCAGUCAGUUCAGAUGGAGAGAAUCAUUGAUUAUAAGUUUGGUCUCCUGCUAGAAGGUGAACCUCCACUUAUGUCUUGAGUCGUUUGCAGAGUCGGACUAGUGUUGUUGCUAGAUUGGUCAUUUAUGGGGGAUGUCCACAGUGUGGCCUGGGGGCCUUUCACGGUCCUUGAAAGGAUUCUGUUCAGUUAAGAACAUGGUAACAAAACAGUUGAUGACAUAAGACAUUUGAACACUGUCUGUUUUUUCUUUUAAUAAGGCAACAGUCUGAAGCCCUUUUUGUGUUUUUGAUAUUUAAUGAUAUGUAGCUUUCACAAUGUUGAGCAGGAAAAACAAAGAAAAAAAAAAUUAUUUAAUAAAUUUGCCAGUUUUGACCCCUGGGGGGGGAAAAAUUGGACACCACUGCCAUGUAUGUUGUAACUUGUACUUUUCACAAUUAUGCACACCUUUGUGUUAAUCUGUCUCAAAAACUAACAAAAUCCGUUAAUGUUUGUAUCAAAAUGUGAAAAAAAAAAACCAUCAAGAGGGAUUGUCACUUUUGCAAGGCAAAGUAUUUGUUUUGGUAAAUAAUGAAAAAAAAAAAGGCUGCAGCUGCAGGAGGGAAAUAUUCUACGAUGCAACAGUGUGCAUGAUCAGAUCAGAUAUGGACCAAUUUGUCAAACUUACUCUGUCACUGCCUUAUAAUAGUGCUGUUAAAUAUUCACGAUACCAUGCGUUUAAUGAAAAAAAAGGAACGUCCCGGAGAUGAGAGACGCCAGCGGAACAGCUGACUUAAAGCCAAGUGUUUGGAGGAAAAAAAAACAACUUCCAAAUUCAAGUGAAUGUCACGAGACCGCCAGCUGAAUAACGAUAUUUGUUCGGAGGACGAAGACGGUUUAUCUCCUUGACGUGUGUGGAGAUCACAGCUCUGGCUCCAUAAAUUUGGAGAUUUGCUUUGAAACACCAAAAGAAGAAGGAAAAACUAAAAAGAACAAGCAUUUUGUACUAUUCAAAAACGACCGACUCCUCUCCCCUCCCCAUCCCUGCCUGCAAACUCGUGCACUGUACCCGUGUGUCAGUAGACUGUCUCGUCAUCAGUUUGUAUGAUAACCUGUAUAGCUUUGUUGUGAGGGAGCCUAAUUUUUUUAUUUGGUGUAAUAUUAGACGAAAAAGCACAUGGAGUGUGGUCAUUAUAACAAGUGUAGUGUAUAAAAACUGUCCAUCUCUGGUCACAGCGCUAUAUAAUCGCCGGCUGUAGUGAGGGAAGGUGUUUUUGAGCUUUGGCAUGAACUCAGUCAGUGCUUCAUAACGUAUAAACUACGAGGUACAGGUAUGUGCUUCUGUCUGUAAAGGAGAAACCUGUUCUCAUAUUGAACCAGUGUGUAUUCCCUGAGGAGCUUCUUCUGGCAUAACUACACAAAGUUUUUUACUUCUCCCCCGUCCGUGUUUUCUGAUAUGCCGUUGGGAUUAAUCUUAUUUAUUUUUAUUGGUUUUAAAUAUUAUCGUCUUUUUUUUUUUUGUAUAAGAAUCACUCACCGAGAGCAGCUGCCUGAUGAGUUGAGGAAUCCCGUUGGGCGGGAAGCAGGUGAGCCACCUGAAACAGCAGAACAAGUCAUGUGUUGUUUUUUUAUGAAGCUUCAGACAUCAAAUGUAAAUUCCAGAAAGAACAGAGUACAGAUUUCUUCUCAUCCCACUUCAUUCUCGUCACCUCGCUCUCUCACCUCUGGAUGCUCCUAACUGUUUUUAUUGGGUGAAACUCAGAAAACAUCAGUGUACAGCCUGAGCGAUUACCCAUUUACAAAAUAAAAAUGGUUUCCGAAUCCAA